AUGAUGGCCUCCAACCUUCUUUCGCGGCUCCUGCCAGCCGCGGAUGAGAACUCAGCCUACGAACCGCUUUCCCAGCACUCUCCUCGCGCCCGCAGGCCCGAGGGCGACGCGAACGCCAGCCUCACCUUGGACGAGGAGAAUCUCGAAGCCCGCUUUCAAGACACCGACCUGGAGCACCUGCUCGCCGAGGCUGCCGACAGCCAGAUCACCACUCGCAGCCCCACCCUCGCCCCGAACAACAACAACAACAAUCGCGGCAUGGCCCCGCCGCCCGUGACGACCCACAACAGGCCGAGGUGGAUGCAGCCCGCUCCGUCGCGCCCGCCCGCCGCGCAGGUAGACGAGGAUGACGACGUCCCGGAGUCGUUGCUGCUGGAUAGCGACAGGCCCUCCGCGGCCAGACCUCGAGAGCACCCGCGCCAGACUCAAGUCCGCCCCGACCGCCUGCCUUCGCCUGUCCCCGGUCCGUCCACCCACACCAACCGGACGCAAUGGAACGCGACAAGGGCUCAGCAACGUCUUUACGGCGACUCCAGGCCCGCGCCACGACAACGACGCUUCGGAGCGCAGCUCGGUAGGAACGGCGUCAUCUUCACCGACCCCAAAGAGGAGGCCAUGUGGAGGUGGGCGAACGUGCACAACCUCGACCGCUUCUUGACCGAAGUCUAUACCUACUAUCAGGGCCACGGGAUGCAGUCCAUCCUUUUGAAUCAGUAUCUCAACCUUUUACGAACCGCCUGCGUCGUCGCGACAUGCACGAUCCUUCUCUUUGCCAUCAAUUACAAGAAGAUUCACGAGAGCAAUUCGAUCCGGGACAUUUUCGUUGAAGACGCAAUGAGAAACAUCCACGGCUUCUGGCUCUGCGGCCUGUGGGUCUUCAUUGUCGUUUGGGUUUACAAGUUCGUCCAGGUGACGCUCAGCAUCCGUCCGCUCUGGCUCAUGCAAGCCUUCUACCAGCACCUUUUGGACAUUCCCGAGAGCGAUAUCCAGACCGCAACGUGGCAGUUAGUGGUCCACAGGCUGAUGGCUCUUCGGGACGCGAAUCUGACGACCGCCGAGAACAUCUCUGCUGCCGACCGCAGGGAGCUCGGUGCCAAUUCCAAACAACGCAUGGAUGCCCACGACAUUGCCAACCGCGUCAUGCGCCGGGACAACUACCUCAUCGCCCUGUUCAACAAGGACAUUCCGAACCUCACCGUGCCUCUGCCGUUCUUCGGGGAUAUUCAAUUCUUCUCGAGGACCAUGGAACUGCUCCUGGAGACCUGCGUGAUGCAGUUCGUCUUCACCGCCGACGGCCACGUCCGCCGCGAGUUCCUCACGAGCAAGGAGAGACGGAACUUGAUCGACUGUCUGAACCAGCGAUUCAAAAAGGCAGCCAUUCUGAGCGUCUUCAUCGCGCCCAUUUCCGUCAUUUACUUUGUCGUCUCGUAUUUUUUCCACUACUUUAGCGAAUUUCGAAAGGACCCUUCGCAGCUCAGCUCGAGGAUGUUCACGCCGAUGGCAGAAUGGAAGUUUCGCGAGUUCAACGAACUGCGACACCUUUUCGAGCAGCGACGCAACCUAGCGUACCCGUACGCCGACCGUUACCUGAAUCAGUUCCCCAAGAACAAGUCCGACCAGCUCUGCGAAUUCGUCGCGUUCGUCGUCAGCAUCGGCAUUGCCGUGCUCGUCCUCGGAUCUCUGCUCUAUCCCGAGACCAUCACCCGCCUCGAGAUUCUGCCGGGAAAGCCAGUGUUCUUCUGGAUCGGUGUCCUGAGCGCUGUGUACGCUGCCGCGCGGAACCAGAUCACGAACCCUGCGGACAUCAUCAUGGAACCGGAAGUCGCGCUCAAAGAAGUCAUUGCCAUUACUCACUAUUGCCCGGCUUCGUGGCGCGAUCGGCUACAUACGGACGAAGUUCGGAGAGAAUUUUCCCAGCUCUAUCAAGUGAAGAUCACCAUCUUCUUAGAGGAGCUCCUCAGCAUGGUUCUAACCCCGUUCGUGCUGUGGUACAGCCUUCCUCAGUGCAGCGAGCGCAUCGUCGACUUUUUCCGCGAGUUCACCAUCCAUGUGGACGGCUUGGGCCACGUUUGCUCUUACGCAGUGUUUGACUUCAAAAAGACGGACAACAUCGCACAGGAUCAGGCACAACAGCACGAGAAGUACCGCCAGCAGUGGUUCAGAUCCAAUGAUGGAAAGUUAGACGCUUCGAUCAAUGGAUUCCUGCAAGCGUACAGCCGCAACCCCGGCAACCGCGGCCCGACUGGGUCGCACUUCAACCUCCCUCCCGCCUUUAACCCCUUGGCUGGCUCGGCAACCGGUGUGGAACAUGGACCGGCCGGCGCGCGGAACCCGACAACGCGGCGCGGAGGCCAGCGUGCAACCUCGAGGCCAGCGGCAGCAGCAGCUGUUGCGGGCUCUCCUAUGGGAUCCGUGUUGCUCGACCCCCAUCACCAGCCGUCGUUCAUCAACACUCGUCACGCCGCGCUCUCUCGGUAUAAUCCAAAUCGCAAUCCGCCGAGGCACCUAGAUGAGCUGGAUGAGGAGGUGGAAGCGGGAAUGACCGAUGCGAGGCAAGCACUCUCAUCUGGCCAAAUUCCAGAGGAUGAAAGCAACCUCGGUGAAUCGUGGCUCCACAAUGCCUCCAGCGGCGGAGGUGAUGAUGAUGACCUGGAUGCCGCGGAUGGCGCCAAGGGAGCUGGUGUGCUCGGCUUGUUGCAGCAAUUCCAGAAUGCCCAUGCCCAUGGCCGUGUUCCCGGCGUCUAG